AUGUCAAUUAAUUCUUCUCUUGAUCCCCGCUCUGGUAACUACUCUUCUCGCACCCCCGUGAUCAUCAUUGGUGCGGUAGCUGGUAGCCUCAUCUUCCUAGCAAUGGCUGGAAGCUUACUAUAUCUCUUCUCGCGCAAAGAACGGGCCCGGAGAAGAAAUGCCCGACAAUCAGAGAAGGGUUCUCCUCUCCCACCUCCACCAGCCUAUAAAGCGGAGCUGGACACUUCCAGAGGUCUCCACUCCCAACCCCGGCCCUUGUCUUCCUUUGCGCCAGACUACAGUCGCCAGGCCCAGCACGUGGAACAGUACCAACAUCAACUGUCUCGUCCUUCAUACGAUCAACCCCCAGCAUACCCCACACUGCCAACAUAUGAUCCAUCUAGAUACCAACCUAUUCGACCAAUAUCCAUGGUGGGCGAGAGAAAUGCCCACCCCUAUACCUAUAACCCCACCAAUCAUGCCAAUCCUCAUCCCGGUCCCUCUUCCCGCUUGAGUGCGGUUCACUACAGUGACGCCAGGCUAGCAACCUCCCGGCCAAUUUCAAUGGCCGACUACGGUCCUCCAAUUGGUCCUGUGGCUGGUCUAAAUUCGUCGAGGCACCGGGCAGGGAUACCACCCCCACCGGAGCAGAACACCAGACAAGACCGCAGGGAUAGGAGGGUCGGGAGGGAGAGGAGUGCAUCUGAGCCAACGCCGACGGCCCAGGCCGUCCCAAAAAAACCUAAGCCCGUGCUGUCGCGGCUGAUCACCAAUUUUCGUUGA